AGAGCAAAUGAAGUGGCUCACCGAGGAAACAAAUCCGAGCAGGUUUACUUCCCUCCCCCUCCACCGGUCACACGCAAAACUACCACUAGUAGUAGUCGUGCUAGUAUACGGUUCGAAUGCUUGACGUUUACUAACACCACAAACAAUAGAUCACACCAUCAUGUUUCCCAUGCCGUCGAUGCACAGCGUGCCACCGUCGUCGCGGCCAAGCACGCUGGUCACCGGCACCGGGAUGCCCUCCGAGGCAAACCUGAGCCGACUGCGGAGCCGCUUGCGCCAGUCCGGCGCGAUUAUGUCGUCCCGCUCCGUCGCCAGCCGCGCAGACGCGCACGUUGACUUUGAAGUGGUGGACGUCGGCGAGGGCCACCACCCGACGGCGGUGGAGCAGCUGCUGGCGCGUCUGGAGCAACACGGUCUGCGACGUCGGUUGGCCGCGGAAGACGACGCCGCGGCCUACGCGGUAGAUGUGGCGGUACGCACCAGCGAGGAAGGGCAUUGUGACGGGAGCCCGACCUCUGCGGGCAGCGAAGACGGCGUUCGGGAAAAGAGUCGGGCAACGGAGAGCAAUUCCGCAGCAGUCGGCACCUCGUCCAUAGGGUCGGUGUUCGCGAGCCGCCAUGGAGACGCUGACGCCCGCGAACCCUAUUAUUACCUCUGCGUUCCGUGCGAGCUGCGCCUCACGCGGAUCAGCCGUCGUGCACCGCCAUGGCGGGCGCUGGAGGACGUGCACUUCCACUUCUCCUCCGCCGCCCACCGCUCCACCGCAGCGUGGAUGGCGGACGACGACAUCGACGAGACACUCCGGUGCACCCCGCUGAUUGCACCCACCAAUCAAUACAGCCGCAUUUUUCUCAAUGGCGUCCCUACGCUCUUGUCGCGGCGCCCGGGCGGCGGGGACAUGUUCUACCCUCUGCCGCACGAGAUGGAAGCAGCGCGGCCGCCACCGCGUGGCCGGGGAGUGGCGCACGAGUCGGCUCUGUCCUCGCGUGCAUCGUCGUUGGGUGCGGCGUCGAGCCCGUUUCCGCUUUUCCCGCUCGCAUCUGCGCGUGGGGAAAGUGGCGGGGCCGCCGUGCUGUGGCACCGUGCUCUUCCCAGCGUCUACACCGCCAAGGUUCAGCUGCUCCGCCGGUCGUCGUUGGCGGCACCGGUAAAGAAGCCGCAACUGGAGGAGCAGCACCAGCGAAGGCAGCGACAGAAAGUGUACCGUGUGCCGCGGCGCCGCGCACGAGUGCAGGUGUACGUGGAUCACGUGGACCUGCAGACGUACAGCGCACACUCGCGGCUCCCACCGUUGAAGAUCCCCCUGACGCCGGUUGUGCUGCCCAUCCACCGCGCGCGCAUGGCAAAGAUGCUCUUGAAGCUGGAGGUCUCACCAACGGCGAAAACUCCCGUGGAAAGCGAACCACACGCGGAUGCGGAAGCGGUGCCGGAGUCGAUACGCGUCGAUGAUCCGCACCGAACCGUCUAUGCGCAGUCAUACGUACCCAUCGCAAAAGGCUGGCGCGACUUCCACAAACAAGGCGGUGGUCUUCACACCGUUGAAGCGCCUAUGCCUUUAACGGUGUUUGAAGAGGAAAGCUACCGUGUCGCUUUGGUGUCCGCAGAGGAUCAGCAAAGUCGACUGCGCCGCCUCCCCUCCCUCGCGUCACGGGAGUCGAUGCGCGAGGAGGGGGCACCGGUGGUGUUAACGCGUGCGUUGUUGACACAGCACACCCAAACUACAUCCGAUACGUGGCAGUCGCCGACCGGGUCAGACGUCGGCGCGUCGAUGGCGUCCUCCACGCAACGUGCGUCGCGUUCGCGCCAGAGCAGCGUGAGUCGGAGUUUCCCUCCCCCCAGUCGUUCGCAGUCCGCGGCGCCGUCGAGGAGAGACGUGUAA